AUGAGUCUACUCGAAUUGAUUGAUGAAUUCGAAAUCUUGGUCAACGAGAAUCCGUAUGCGCCUGAAAAUUAUGACAAGAUUUUGAGCAGGCUCCAAGUCCUACCUGACACUGCACUACUAAUCAACAAAAUUUACAAAGAGAAAGUAAAGUACUUUCGGCUUCGCCAGUCGGAGCUAAAUAGCUGGUUAUUUGAAAUACGGGCCAUUGAAGACAUCCAAGAGCGGUCUACGUUGGAAUAUGCAUUUUACGAAACAAUAAUAGAUGAUUAUCCAACGGUCCCAAUAAUGACUGCAAUGCUAGAGUUGGCCAAUCAACUACUAUCCAACGAGAAGAUUACCGACGAUGAGUAUCUGUCUUUAGUCUCGAAAGGGCUUCAACUAUGUGGCUAUGAUUUUGUUAAUGGAAAUGAUAUAUGGAAAAUAAGUUUAGACUUGCUCUUUCAACGGUACACCAAAACCAACGAUGCCACUGAUUUGAACACGUUGAUUAAAUUACACUUGAAAAGGUUAAGCUAUCCUCUUCAACAAUUGGAUGAGUCUUUUCAGGAGUUUUCUGCUUUUAUUAGCAAGUACAAGAACGAAGAGUAUGACCAAUUAAUGCAAAUUGCAAACAAAAUAUACUCUAAUACGAAGCAGAAGUUACCAUAUUACGAAAAAUACGAAAUUCAAAUCAAGGAUUUGCCUACGGAUUUUUCUAUUUGGGUCGAAUAUAUGGAAAGCGUGUACAAGUUCCAACGCAAUUUUACUCACAUUCAAACAAUACUUGCAAGAGCUACGCAAGCUGAUUUUUCAUUCUCAACCCAGGGACAACAGCUUUGGAUGUCAGUUAUAUACAUGAUAUACAUCUCUGAUGAAGAAAAUGAAGCGAUUUUGACGUCUUUGCUCGGAAAGUACCUUCGGACCUUUCCCAAUUCUUGCACUGCUUACGCAGAAAACAUAAAAAACUGCAUAACUUUGGGAGACAUAGCUGGUCAGAAAUUCAUUGAUUUGGAGAACCGAAUCAGGGCAGUUGACUUACGGAGUCUGUCAGAUUACAAGGAUUGGAAGCUCGUUGCAUUGGCCAUAAUGCAGUACAAGUUUCAAAGCGGAUUGUCUCAUGAGUCCUUUGAAUCGCUUGACGAUUUGCUAGACACAACGGUAACAUACGCAUUGGAGAACAAGGACCCGUUUCAUUCUGUUGAAAAAUUGGCGAUAUCGAUAUACAUAUCUUUGGAGAAGAUCACACAUGCGAUGCAGGUGAUUAUGUCCAUGUUUCAAACUUUCCCAACAGAAGUUGAAGUCUGGUUGUACGGCAUUCGUUGCUUUAUUAAACACGACAUUAAUCAAGAAUCCAUUAGGGAAACCUUUAGGAAAGCUUUGUCACUUGCAAGCAAAAUUGACGCACCUGAAAAAUUGACAGAGGAGUGGUUAUUGUAUGAACAAGUACACGGCAAUAUUACGAGCUACAGAAAAGCAGUCACUUUAUGUAACGUAGCUAUAAGAGAAUUCAUGCAGUCCAGAGCGAAUGAAGUUCGAACGGAGCCUGUGUUGCAUGUUGACCGUAAAAGGAGCCAUGAUAUGUCGGAAGAGUUUCUGCGGUCAAGAGAGGAAUUCGCCGUUCAAGUCAAUAAUAUACCUUAUGAUGCCACCGAUCAAGACUUGAGGAAUUUCUUUGCUGGUUGUGGUGAAGUUCGAGAUAUAAAUUUGGUUGAACUUAAUGGCGGAAAACAAGCUGUGGUUGAGUUUUCAAAUGAACUUGAAGUGUUUUCAGCAAUGACUAGAACCCACAAAACAAUUGGGUCCAAUGAAGUUUCAGUGACAAGGGUGGAAAAGACUUUAUUAUUUGUCAACAAUUAUCCAAGCUCAUGCAGCCAACAAGAUGUUAGGGAUAUGUUUUCUCUGGUAGGGCCAUUGGUCAAUAUUAGGUUCCCAUCACAGCUUAAACACAAAGUUCGCCGGUUUUGCUACGUUCAAUUUGCUCGGUGGCAAGACGCGGAGAGGGCAAUUUCUAUGUACGACGGACAAAAGUAUCACGAUCAAAAUCUCAACAAGGAGUUUUCUUGGGAAGUAAAGUAUUCGAAGCCUCAAGAGAGAAAGGAUAGGACGUCUCCCAUUUCAGAGCGCAAAGUCCGUGUGUCAAAUAUAGCUUACUCGAUCACUGAGGAGGAGUUAAGGAAUCAGUUUUCGCAAUGUGGAGAGAUUGAACUGAUCGCUUUGCCCAGGGCUGUUUACGAUACAAAGAAGCGACGCAUGAAACAAAAUGGUGGUUUGGCCAUAAUUGCUUAUCGCGAUGCUAGCAGCGUCGAAGAUGCCUUGAAGAAAAAUGCAACCAUUUUGAAGGGAAGGUCUAUCAAUGUGGCCAAGCAACAAGUGCACACAACCUGGAUUCCAGAAGACUUUGAUACUCUCAAAUCCAUUGGCCUCACCAGUUUAGAUUCGUCGUUAAACACUUUUCAAGUCAAAAGCUUUUUGGAAAAGAACUUUGGACAGGUGUCAAAAAUCCUUUUGCUUCCUAAUGAUGGGGUAGCUUUAGUUGAAUUUGCGUCGGUCAAAGAUAGUGGAAAGGUCUCGUUGGGAUACAGUACAAUUCAGAUUGAUGAAUAUUUAAUUCAGGUGACGACAAAAGAAGCAAUUGUUGAGGCUCUCAACACGAGCAUCGACAACGGCAGCGCUUACCCAUCUACCAGUGAGGUUCAGAAUAAAACUGUUUUGGUCCCUACAUCUAUCAAAAGAAGAAGAGUGUAG